AUGAUGUCUGGCACACAAACCCCCGACAUUCGCACCCAGUCCCUGGUGAGACCUAUCACCGUGGCCGAGUAUCUCUUCACUCGGCUGCACCAGAUUGGCGUCCGCUCGGUCCACGGCCUGCCCGGCGACUAUAACCUCGUCGCCCUCGACUACCUUCCGAGCUGCAACCUCGAGUGGGUCGGCAGCGUGAACGAGCUCAACGCUGCUUAUGCCGCUGACGGUUAUGCCCGUGUCAACGGCAUCUCUGCCAUCAUCACCACCUUUGGUGUCGGCGAGCUCUCGGCCCUCAACGGUAUCGCCGGCGCCUUUGCCGAGCACGUCCCCGUCGUCCACAUUGUCGGCUGCCCGUCCACCAUCUCACAGCGCAGCAACCUGCUGCUGCACCACACUCUCGGCAAUGGCGACUUUGACGUCUUUGCCAACAUGAGCUCGUCCGUCUCGUGCGAGGUCGCCAAGCUGCAGCGCCCUGUCGAGAUUGCCGACCAGAUCGACCACACUCUGCGUGAGUGUUGGGUUCGCAGUCGGCCGGUCUACAUCAUGCUGCCCACCGACAUGGUCCAGCAGAAGGUCGAGGGUGACCGUCUUCGCACGCCCAUCCGCCUGACCGAUCCCCGCAAUGACCGCGAGCGUGAGGACUUUGUCGUUGACAUUGUCCUCAAUGCCCUGCACGAGGCCCAGAACCCCGUCAUCCUCGUCGACGCCUGCGCCAUCCGCCACCGUGCUCUCGAGGAAGUCCACGACCUGAUCGAGAAGACCCAACUGCCCGUCUUUGUCACCCCCAUGGGCAAGGGCGCCGUCAAUGAAUCACACGCCACCUACGGCGGCGUCUAUGCCGGCAUCAGCUCCAACCCCGCCGUCAUCGAGCGCGUCGAGUCGUCCGACCUGAUCCUGUCCAUCGGCGCCCUCAAGAGCGACUUCAACACCUCCGGCUUCUCCUACCGCACCUCCCAGCUCAACAGCAUCGACCUCCACAGCACCCACACCGUUGUCCGCUACUCUGAGUAUCCCGGCGUCACCAUGCGCGGCGUGCUACGCAAGGUCAUAGACCGCAUCGACGUGAGCCGCCUGCAGGUCAAGCCUAUCCUCCACAGAAUCCUGAACGAGCCUGCCCCGAGAGAGGACGGUAUUAUCACCCAGGCCUACCUCUGGCCGAGAAUGAGCCAUUUCCUGAAGGAGAACGACGUGGUCGUUACCGAGACCGGUACCUCCAACUUUGGCAUCUGGGACACCAGAUUCCCCCCUGGUGUCACCGCUCUGAGCCAGGUUCUUUGGGGCAGCAUUGGCUGGUCUGUUGGCGCUUGCCAGGGUGCCGCUCUGGCCGUGAAGGACAAGGCUGCCGACCGGCGCACAAUCCUCUUUGUCGGCGACGGCUCCUUCCAGCUGACGGCCCAGGAGGUCAGCACUAUGAUCAGACGCGGCCUCAAGCCCAUCAUCUUCGUGCUCUGCAACGAUGGCUACACCAUUGAACGCUUCAUCCACGGCAUGGAUGCCGAGUACAACGACGUUCAGACGUGGCACUACAAGGAGCUGGUGACCGCUUUCGGCGCCACCGACGAGCAGGCCGCCAAGAUCCAGGUCAAGUCCGUCGACGAGCUCAACGCCCUGUUGACCGACGAGGAGUUCAUCGCUGCCAAGCGGCUGCAGUUUGUCGAGAUCUACCUGCCAAGAGAUGAUGCUCCGCGGGCUCUUAUCUUGACGGCCGAGGCCAGUGCCCGGACGAACGCAAAGACGGAGUAG